GGGACGCUUGCAGCUUUGGAUGUGCUGACCGCUCCUGCGUCUUUACUCACGGAGUCGAACGGGAACUACUGAGAAGAAAUGUGGGAUUUGUUUUGGCUUCUUGAGGCAUGCGCAGCACCGCUUUUCUUGGAUAUAUGAAUCUAUUAAUUACCCCACGUAGGAUAAAGCAAGUGGUCACUUUAGGGUAGUUUGGACUAUUUCCGAGCGGGGGAUAAAUUACUGUUUUUUGGAGUGGCCAUGCAGGGAUUGAUGGUGUCGCUUAUUGGGACAGCCCUGCUCCUUCUGUCCGGGAUUCUUGCACCGCCGAAUGUUACGCACGGCUUCGGCGACGAAGUGGAGGAGAUGACCUGCGAUCCGAUCCGGAUCAGCAUGUGCCAGGGUCUGGGCUACAACGUCACCAAGAUGCCCAACUUGGUCGGCAACGUGCUGCAGUCGGACGCGGAGCUGCAGCUGACCACUUUCACGCCUCUCAUACAGUACGGCUGCUCCAGCCAGCUCAAGUUCUUCCUGUGCUCGGUGUAUGUGCCGAUGUGCACAGAUAAGGUGCCCAUUCCCAUUGGUCCAUGCGGUAGCAUGUGUUUGUCGGUCAAGAGAAAGUGCCUCCCGGUUCUUCAUGAGUUUGGCUUCAUCUGGCCAGAGGUGCUCAACUGCAGCCUCUUCCCGCCUCAGAACGACCACAACCACAUGUGCAUGGAGGGCCCAGUGGACGAAGACCCACCCUAUUACCCCAUCCGUCACCCUCCCCACCAAGAGGAGUGUCAGGCCUUGGGAUCUGCACCCGACCAGUACACUUGGCUGAAGCAGACCGAUAGCUGUGCUCUCCAAUGCGGCUACGACAGUGGGCUGUAUCGACGAGGGGCCAAGGUGUUCACGGAUGCCUGGAUGGCGGUGUGGGCGGUGCUGUGCUUCCUUUCCACCACUUUGACGGUCCUGACUUUUCUGUUGGAUUCACAACGAUUCUCUUACCCCGAGAGGCCUAUUAUAUUCCUGUCCAUGUGCUGCAAUUUGUACAGCGUCGCCUACCUGGUCCGUUUGACUCUGGGAAGGGAACGUGUUUCGUGUGACCUGGAUGCCACAGAAGUGCCUAUCCUCGUUCAGGAAGGACUAAAGAGCACCGGCUGUGCCAUCGUCUUCCUUCUGCUCUACUUCUUUGGAAUGGCCUCCUCUCUCUGGUGGGUGAUCCUGACCCUGACAUGGUUCUUAGCGGCAGGACUGAAGUGGGGCCACGAGGCUAUUGAGAUGCACAGCUCCUACUUCCACAUAGCAGCUUGGGCCAUACCGGCUGUUAAAACCAUUGUCAUUCUCAUCAUGAGAUUGGUGGAUGCUGAUGAUCUCACUGGCCUUUGUUAUGUAGGCAACCUGCAGCAGGAGGCUCUCACAGGCUUUGUGGUGGCACCGCUAGCCACCUACCUUCUUAUAGGCACUCUGUUUAUCUGUGCUGGCCUCGUAGCGCUUUUCAAGAUCCGCUCCAACUUGCAAAAGGAUGGCGCCAAAACAGACAAGCUGGAGCGUUUAAUGGUGAAAAUCGGAGUGUUUUCCGUUCUGUACACCGUCCCAGCCUCCACUGUGAUUGGCUGUUACCUCUACCAGCUUUCCAACUGGGGGGAAUUCAAGGCCACGACGCAAGACUCAUACGUCGCAUCAGAGAUGCUUCGGAUCUUCAUGUCGCUACUCGUUGGUCUCACCUCGGGCAUGUGGAUCUGGUCGGCAAAGACCCUCCACACAUGGCAACGCUGCUCUGCCCGACUCCUUAAGGACAGCAGGACAGGUCGAGGCAGCAAGAGAGGACCGGGCAAAGGUUGGAUUAAACCAGGGCGAGGCAACGAGACAGUGGUGUGAUGACAAAGAACGGACAAGACUGUACUUGGUUCUUUAUCUCACAGACGUUCACCCCGACAAAAAGGAGGAUGUAACACAAACCACUGGAUGUGAAAGGCACUGUAAAAUGUUUAUGAGUCCACAAGCAUGUCUAGCUCUAUGUCUCCGACAGUGGCUGACAUUUGCUUGGAUUUAAGGAGAAAAGGGUGGACCGGGAUCGAACACUAGUAGCCACAGUAGCCCCUUGACCUCUGUUAAGACUUUUAUAGCACAGAGAAAGGGACAAAGAAUGAAAAUGAAGGUGGAAGAGAGACAGCAGGCAGCAUUGAAGCAUUAACGUGAAGUUUAGAUGAAAAAAAAAAAAAAAAGCUGUGUUGUGCCACGUCUACCUCUGGCUGACUCUUCUCCUCAGCAGCAGAGACUCAACCUGCUGCGUACAAUAAGUCCUCUACCUUUAAGGCCUGUGAAGGCUAUUAAGUCCGUGUACAGAUGUUAUUCAGAUACAGGCUGAGGUUUUCCCAAAUACCCUUGUGGCUUUUUAUAUAAAACAGAAUGGGAAUUUUACAAGUCAAUGACAUAUCUGACCAAAAGUUACCAACUUGUGUCAAAAUGGCCUUAUUUUUUCAGACUUGUUUACAUUUUAGUAAUAUUUUUUAUGCAGUUAAAAAGCAUACACACACACACAUUGUGUUGAAUAUUAAAGAGAUUUCAUUUGGGGGGAAAUCAGCUUCCGGUUGUAAUGUGGUAAGCUUACCACGUCACUUAAAACAGCACACUGAUUCAUUAAAGUAAUUUUUCAGCUGCAGAUGCUGCAAUAGUGACACUAUUUGGUAGUAGUGAGAACGCCAGAGACUAUGUGUGAAGGCUGAGAUGUCAUUCGUGAAAGCGGGCUUCACCUUUUUGUCCCCUGACAAGAAAUAAUGUGCCUGUGCUGUGCGGUCAAUAUUAAUAAUGGAAUCUGCACUGGACUGUUCUUUACGUAGCAAAAGACAUUAUAAAGAGCAGUCUACCCAGCUGAUAUAAUAAAAGUAGCUGUCAAGGAGGAAAACAACCGUAUGUUGGUUUUAAUAAAAUACAAAUAAACCGAAAAAGUAGCUGAGGGCAUCAUAUCUGUACUUUAUUGAAUAUUUGGAAGCAGGUAGGACUCUGGGAGAUGAUGGUCAUUUAUUUUUAUGAAGCCAAGCUUAUUGUCAGUGAUGUGUGUUGCCUCCUUGGAGACCAUGGGCUGUAUAUGGUCAUGAGUUACUAUGCAGUCCAGGAAAUUAAAGCUGGCUUUUCUAGACAUUAGAUAGAAUCCAAUAUUAUUAGACAAUCACAUGCCAAGAGACACAACAUCUAAUACGAUGUACCAAAUACACACACAACCAUGCCUUCAUGCAACUUAUCUAUAUCAACAUAAAGUAGCGGAAGUGUGUGCGGAAGUACGGCAUCAUGGCCGGCUAUCAUCCUUGACACAGUAAGCCAUUCCCUGAAGGAAACACUUGGAUUUACACAUUAAACAAUAUACAGUUAUCUCACUCACCAUGUCUUAUUGCUAUAUUUAACAAACGUGUACAUGCUUAGUGUGUUUGCCUGACAAUCUCACCAAGUGCUUGCGUUUCAGUGAGUCUUUGAAUGUAUAAUAAUUGUAAUGUGUGUCACAUUAGCCCUUGUACAAGCAAGAGUGAAACCUGUGGGGUCUUCAAAUGCACGAGCAUUUAGCCCCUCAAUGUGUCAUGUGAAACCAGAUAGUGCCUCCCAUGCCUGUCAAAUGUAUUUUUAGGUAAAUGUGUAGAAGUAUAAUUUUACAGGCGUGGGUUGUGUCUCGGCCUAACAUGGGAAAUGAGACCUUGUUGUGGAUAUUUCUAAAUAUUCUGGUGAACCUGAGAGGCCUGGAACAGCCAGUGGUUCUUAAAGAAACAUACCUUGGCACACUGAUUACAUUUCCAAAGUCAAACAAACAUUAGAUUGAGCUAAAGUGAAUUAAGUUAAGCUCCGACCACCAUCUGUCUGAGCUAAUGCAGUUUCCCUUUUCUCAUAAGGUUUGGCGCCCACCUCCUGUAUGACCGCACUUAGCCUCCCAUGACAUUUCAAACAAUAUUGGAGUUACUUAGACAGGGGCUGGUAAUAAGAUAUGUAAAUGUUGUUCAGAUGCCCAGAUAUGAAUCAAUGUUUGGGUUGGUUCACCAGUGCUAUUAAAAUGUCUUGAGUGUACUAUAGAAAAAAAUGCUAAUUUAUCCUUGUAAAAAGUGACAGAAUUUUUAAAAUGUGUUAUUUAAAAUACACUUUUUGUAUCAGAAGACGACAAAUUAAAAACAAAACUUUGGUUACCAA